GAUGUGGGUUUCUUCCAUUCACUUUGAUCUUCAGUCCAACUCGUCAACAGCGUUUCUCUCUCUCUGUAAUAUAGUUAAUACAGACUCUCUCUCUGCACAAUUUGGCAUCUCUCUUCCUAUCAUCAUUUUCUCUCUCUAGACUGCACAAUUUGGUCUCUCUUUUUCCCAUUCUCACUCUCUCUCUAGACGAGAUGGGCAAAGUGUCUGUAAUUGCUUACAUCACAGUAGCUGUGCUCCUCCUUUUUCUCAUCUCUCAUUCUCCCAAGAAACCCCCUAAUCAACGCCACCGCCGCAUCAAGCUCCGCUCAAGCUUCUCCUACUACGGCGGUGGGGACGAACGCCACCACCACGAACCGGUGGCAUUCGACCCUCUGGUGGCGGAGAUCGAGCGGCGGCGAGAGGACAAGCAGUGGGAGAAGAUGUACAUUGAGCACGCGCACAAGGAUUUAGUUGAAGAAGCUCCCGGGGCUGAGUCGCAGCCGGAAUGGGAGGAAUUCAUGGACGCGGAGGAUUACUUGAACGACGAGGAUAAGUUCAAUGUGACCAACAGGUUGGUGUUGCUGUUCCCCAAGCUUGACGUUGGCCCACCGGAUGGGUACGUGACCGAGCACGAGCUCACCCAGUGGAAUCUGAAGCAGUCGGAGAAGGUGGUCAUGCAUCGAACUCAGAGGGAUAUGGAGCUUCACGACAAGAACCGUGAUGGGUUUGUCUCCUUCGCCGAGUAUGUUCCCCCUAGUUGGGUUCGCAACUCAGAUAAUACUUCAUUUGGGUAUGAUAUGGGUUGGUGGAAACAGGAGCAUUUCAAUGCAUCAGAUGCAGAUGGAGAUGGCCUUCUGAAUAUUACAGAGUUCAAUGACUUUCUGCACCCAGCUGACAGCAAGAACCCAAAACUACUCCAAUGGUUGUGCAAAGAGGAAAUAAGGGAAAGAGAUACUGACAAAGAUGGGAAGGUUAACUUCAAAGAAUUUUUUCAUGGGCUCUUUGACUUUGUAAGGAACUAUGAUGAAGAGGCUCAUAAUUCUACACACGAAUCUGAUGAUUCAAUGGAAGCACCAGCUAGAAAGUUGUUUGCGCAGCUUGACAAAGAUGGUGAUGGAUACAUUUCACACACAGAACUGCUGCCUAUCAUUGGAAAGCUUCAUCCAUCAGAACAUUACUAUGCGAAACAGCAGGCAGAAUACAUCAUAACGCAGGCAGAUGCAGAUAAAGAUGGACGUCUAACCUUGACAGAGAUGAUCGAGAGCCCAUAUGUAUUUUAUAGCGCUAUAUUCAACGAAGACGAAGAAGACUAUGAGUACCACGAUGAGUUCCGCUAAUUUCAGAUGAGGAUAGUAGGAAAACACAGAUUCAGAAUCAAAAUUCUUUUCAACAAGACUUGUAUGUUAUAAAUUAGCAAGUGAAUGUAACCAAAUUUAUGCGGAUCAUGGCCUUACAAAGCACCAUAUGUGAUUAUGAACCACUCUGUCCAUUCACGAACGUAGCUAGCUUAUGGUUUGGGGAAUUUCAACCUUGAAGGCAACAUUUGUUUGGAACCAUUUUUUAUUUAUAAAUAAUUUAUAAUAUAUACUUUGAUUUUUGUUGUUUAAAUUUUAUCAUCUGGUUAAUGUAAAAGAGGACAUUGUCACACGUUUAUCAAAGUUGGAGUAGUUUUGAUUGACUAA